AUGCAUCCUCCACCCAGCAGCAACCCUGCCCGACAAGAAACUCCCAUCUUUAACCACCCCUCCAACCAAGCUUCCACUCAACCACACAAACCACCGACCGACAAGCACCCAGCUCAUGACAAAGAAACCAACAUACCUAUCUUGUCUGCUAUCUCCACAAUUUCACAUCGCGCAACCGCUACCUGCUACCUACCCCCGUCUUCAUCUGCCUCUCUCGCUACGCCGGCACAAUCACGCGCUUCCACCGCCGACAAGAUGAUGCCCAACCCGCACGUAUAUGGCCACCACCAGUAUCCCCAGGCGGACUCGGCCUGGAUGCACCAGCAGACAUCGCACCAGCACCACGUCCAGGCCGCUGCUCAGGGUGCUGUGAAUGUGGCCCAGCAGCAAUAUCACAACCGCCUGGCUGGCGCUCACAAUGGCGUCAAUGCCCUGGCGCAGAGCCACGCGCAGGAGAGCUCGUUGGAUGCGUCCGUCUCGGAGGACAAUAGACGGACACUGCAGUACAUCGCCGAUCUGCUUGAUGAGAACACGCGCGAGGCGGCCUUGUUGGAGCUCAGCAAGAAGCGGGAACAGGUACCCGAGUUGGCACUUAUCUUGUGGCACUCGUUUGUGACAUUAGGCGUCAUGACCUCGCUCCUUCAAGAGAUCAUCAGCGUGUACAGCUUGUUGAACCCAUCGCAACUCACUGCGGCGGCUUCCAACAGAGUGUGCAACGCGCUGGCUCUCCUCCAGUGUGUUGCGUCGCACAACGAGACACGCACAUUGUUCCUAAGCGCUCAUAUUCCUCUUUUCCUGUAUCCAUUCCUCAACACAACCUCCAAGUCUAGGCCGUUCGAAUACUUGCGGCUCACGUCGUUGGGAGUGAUUGGUGCGCUGGUUAAGAAUGACUCGACUGAGGUGAUCAACUUCCUGUUGACCACCGAGAUCAUUCCUCUGUGUCUUCGCAUCAUGGAGACGGGGUCCGAGCUCAGCAAGACGGUGGCGAUUUUCAUUGUCCAGAAGAUUCUGCUCGACGACAACGGCCUCAACUAUAUUUGCGCCACAUACGAGCGAUUCUAUGCGGUCGGGACAGUGUUGAGCAACAUGGUGGGCCAGCUUGUCGAACAGCAAACGGCUAGGCUCCUGAAGCAUGUUGUGCGAUGCUUCCUUAGAGCCCGUGAGGCGUUGCGUCAGUGCCUCCCAGAGCCUCUGCGAGACAACACUUUUGCCGCCGUCCUUCGGGAUGACGCCGCAACAAAGCGUUGUCUGCACCAGCUCGUUGUCAACCUUCAGGAAAAUGUAGUCGAACCCAGCGGCCAACUUGGAAUCUGA